AAAGAUUGAAUUUGGUGGUAAAAGCAGGGGAAAGCAUGGAGAGUACAGCAAGCCGACUUCAUGAACGACUUCAAAGGGAGAAAAGUUUCCUCCUCAUUCUUGAUGAUGUUUGGGACGCAAUUGAUUUGGAUUAUCUAGGUGUCCCACAAACACAACCAGAACUUCAAAUGGGAAACAAGGUAAUACUGACCUCUCCAUCUUUGGAUGUAUGUCGGCAGAUGAAGACGGAUAUAGAUGUUAAAGUGGAUGUUCUAAACGAGGAAGAAUCGUGGCAACUGUUUACUCAAAAUGCCGGGAAGGUAGCCACCCUACCACAUAUUGAACCAAUUGCAAGGAAAGUUAGCAAAGAAUGCAGUGGAUUGCCCUUAGCAAUCAUCAUUGUUGGGGCUUCCAUGAGGGGGAAGAUAACGGAGACAUUGUGGAACGAUGCCUUAAAUGCUCAAGGAAUUGAGUAUAAGGUGUACAGGCAUCUCAAAUGGAGUUACGAUUCAUUGUUUUUCCAAGGUAUGGAUAUCAAAUCUUGUUUUUUGUAUUGCUCCUUAUAUCCAGAGGACUUUUCAAUUGAAGUAAGGGAACUUGUGCAAUGCUGGAUUGCGGAAGGUUUGGUGGUAGUACGAAAAAGCUAUGAGGAUUCAAUGAAUAGAGGAAUUGCUUUGGUUGAAAAUCUCAAGGACUUGCUUGCUAGAAGAAGGUAUCUUCAACCACACUGUGAAGAUGCAUGACGUAGUUCGUGAUGUUGCCAUGUGGAUUGCAUCUUCCUCAGAGCUUGAUGGAUGUAAGUCCUUUGUUCAGUCUGGAAUCGGUUUGAAUCAAAUUUCAGAAACUGAAUUGUCAGAAUCUCUCAAUAGAGUUUCUUUCAUGGAGAACAAAAUAACACGGUUGCCUGAUUGCGCAAUACGAUGCCCAAAGGUAUCAAGUCUACUUCUACGAGGUAAUCUUCCUCUUGAGAUAGUUCCAGAAGGAUUCCUGCUUGGAUUUCCAGCACUUAGAGUCUUGAAUCUGAGUGAAACUCGCAUCCAUACACUACCUCUUUCAGUUAUCCAACUGCAUAAACUCGAGGCUCUUCUGUUACGAACAUGUCAGAACCUCAAAGAAUUACCCCCACUUGGAAGACUUCAUAGGUUACAAGUUCUCGAUUGCUCUUCCACUAAUCUUGAGGCAUUGCCAGAAGGAAUGGAAAAUUUAACCGAUCUAAGGCUGUUAGAUUUAUCAGAAACUCACCACUUGAGACAUAUUCCAAAUGGAAUUAUAUCCCAGUCGUCCCGUUUAGAAACUAUAGACAUGACAAAUAGUUUCUACAUGUGGGGUGGGAAGAGACCAAGGGAAGAAUUGGAAACAGCACAAAUUGAUGAGCUAGGAUGCCUUGCUCUAUACAUUAACCUGAACAGCUCGUAUCUCACCUUUGAAGAUCUUUCUUGGAUAAAAAGAUUAAAAAGAUUCCAUUUUGUCAUUGGUCAUGCCGAUGAAAAACUUCUAGUACAAAAAAAAUAUGAGGAAAAGAGGGUUACUCUUUGUUGGGUUAAUUUGUAUGCAAGGACGGAACUGGGAUUUCAUCACCGGAGGGGCCAAAAGACAAAUAAAUUUUUUGUACUAUAUACAUAUGCACGCAUGUAUGUACAAUAUGAUAUAUGAAUUAUGUAUAUACACAAAAAAAUUCAAAUACCACAGAAGUAAUUUCCAAUAGGAUAAAGUUUUUUUGGUACAAAAUAAAAAGAGAGCGCAAGAUAAGAGAAAAAUAAGAUAUAUAUUUUUUAUAUUGGGGGUCAUUUUAUGUAUAAAAUGAAAUAUAUUUUUAAAAUACUAUGACAAACCAUAUUUUUCAUAGAAACUGGGGGGCCAUGGCCCCCAUAGUCUUCUCCUAAUUCCGUCCCUGUUUGUAUGGAAUAUAUUAUUGGCUUAAGCAAUUAUUGGAAAAUGCAAGUAAUCUGACUUUGGAUUGUUGUAAAAACUUAGAAGAGAUACCUGCAGGCUUGGCGAAAGAAUGCUACUGUUUUAUUGGUUUGAAAUCACUAUCACAGAUUACCAUGGUGAGUUUCUACCAGCAAGAGAAAGUGGUGAUGACCGAUUUGACCUCUUACCUAAUCUUCAGGAACUAGUUCUCCUUGAAGUGUGGUGUCUAUUGUCCGUUUCAGAACUAGUUCGCCUUCUUAAACUCUGACUUUCUACACUAAGAAAAAUAAGUUUGUCCCGUUGUAACAGGUUAAAAUAUCUUGUCUCUUCUAGUGGGACUUUGAAAAAUCUAGAAGAAGUCACCGUUAGCUCUUGCCGGGAGUUUGCAGAGCUCUUUGAGAAUGCUAGUUCAAGCCAGUCUUCUGAGGACCUUCCUGAGCAUGCUACUUCAAGCCAGACAUUGGUCCCAAGUUGCAUUGUUCCAAACCUACGGACAAUGAAAUUGAAAAAUCUUCCCGAAAUAAUAACCCUAUGCGGACAACACCAGUCAUGGCAGCAUCUAGAGAUACUUGAAGUGAUCAAUUGCAAUCAAAUCAAGAAGUUGCCAUUCACUACCCAAAAUGCAAAUGCCAUAAAAGAAAUAAGAGGUGAAUUGCAAUGGUGGAACGAUUUGCAGUGGGACGACAAAGAUACAAAAUAAAGUCUGCAACGGUAUUUCGAUCCUUCUUGGUGCUGAAGGUACAUGCUUUCGAGACUGCUCAAGGAAUUCACAUGUCUGUCGCUCUGCUGAGUGGCAAAGCAAGUCGAGAAGAAUAAAGAAAAUGGAGCUCUGAAUUUGUGUACUCAAGUGCCACGCUUUUGAAGCUCAAUGCAGGUUGAACUUUCUCCAACUAGCUUGGAAAGUGUUGUUUUGGGCGAGUAAGAGAAGCAUUUUCAGAAAAAUAAUGAGAGCAUUGACAGUAUUGGGGAGAGAACUUAAGCAACAACAGGGUUGAAGAAGGAGCUAGCCACUUAUGAACCAUCCUGAUUUCUUCAUUGUAAAGCCUAUGAAGUAUUGAGAAAAAGAAAAAAAAAAGUAUUCAAAGUUACAAAGAAAUUAACGAGACCAAACCCAAUCCUUAGGCAAUUCAA